CGCGUGCACGUGACGAAGUUUCUCGGUAAAGCCAACCUUCCUUUUUUUCUCAAAGAAGAUAUGGACUAACUCGUCUAACUCUUACCUCGAUUUUUCUUCUUACUUUUUUUUUAAAUUUAACACCUGACUCUCUCCAAGACUCAUGACUUCGGCAAAGCUUUGUGUUGUGGAAUCCGGCUGAUGAACUCUUCUGUGUUCAGGUUGUAAUGGAGUGAAACUUAAGUACCAAAUGCCAACAUGGGAAGCAGACACCACUCUGGGGAAUGGAAAAGGAUUUGUGUGCCAUGCAUCUUGUUUCUGCUGGCUGUUAUAAGGCAGUGUGAUGCCACAGAAGAGCAGAACAUCUUUAACAAAACGGUGUCGUGUCAAGAGAAUGAAUACCUGCAUACUGGGUUCUGCUGUGAUAAGUGUUCACCAGGAUUUAAACUAAAGCAGAAAUGCUCAGGAGAGGGCAGGAGGUCAGUCUGUGAGAAAUGCAGCACCGGAACAUAUCAGGACCACACAAACCAUUUCAUAAACUGCUUCUCAUGCCGUAAAGAAUGCGAUUCAACUUCUAAGGAAAUUGAGAUAGCACCAUGCACGCAUAUGCAAGACAGAAUAUGUGGCUGUGAGGCAGGAUACUACAAAAAUGUAAUCAAUGAAAUUACCAUGUCAUGUGAUCCCUGUCGAAAGUGUGGAGAUGGUGAAAGGGAGAUCAGGCCAUGUGAAGGGGAGAGGAACACUGAGUGUGAAUGUAAAGACAACCAUUACCAUGUAGCUAAAGGAAUCUGUGCACAGUGUACAAACUGCAGUUCUAAGUGUAGAGGGCUGUGCCGAGAAAAUCCCACUACGAACCCAACAACAGUUCAACAAACAGGUCUUCCUUUACAUACAGCGUUCAUGCUGUUUGUGUUCAUGGUAAUUAGUAGUUUGGUUUGCUUUAUAAUUAUUGGAGUCAAAUACUUGAAGAGGAUUCAAACUGUGUACAGACAAUCAUCUAUUGCAUGUGACCCAGAGAAGCAAGUGGGACAGACUGAAACAACUAAAUGCGUACAAGCCAAAGAAGUUGAACAAGGCCUGUUAGCAGGUCAACAAGGGCCUGUGCUACCUGAUUGUGUUCCAACAGAGAUCAAAACUCACGAGUUUAUUUACUUUGUGCUGGGCCUUGUCCCUGUCAACCGCUUCAAGGAACUGGUGCGUCGCCUAGACGUCUCUGAGCAGGACAUCGGCAGGGCAGAAAGAGAUAACCGGGCAUUUGCUGAUGCCCAGUACCAGAUGUUGAUGGUUUGGGUUGAGAGUGGUACUAGAGGAGGGAAAAGCAUCCUGCCAUUCACACUCCUUCAGGAAUGUGUGAACACACUGAAGGAUAUGAAUUUGACCACUUGUGCAGAAACAAUAGAGGACAAGUAUGCCUCUAAAAAGACAUCAUUAUCUUAUUUUUAAAUGAAAUCAAGUAUGGAUACACAGCAAUUCCGAAUAUUUCACAAAUUUCAAUCUCUGAGUGCAAACUAUUAUAGCAGUGGUGUGUAAGUCUUUUUAAAUAGCAUUAUGGCUGCAUUGCAGAGUUCCUAGGUUGAGUGAAUCUACUGCUAUAGAUGCAAUAAUCCUGUGAUGGGCUGCUCAGUUUAGCAAAGUUUUUGUUUGUGACACAGUAUUCAAGAGUGGAAAUCAGACAUAUUUUCAAGAAAACUGUCAUCUGACUAUUUUAGUCUUCUCAUCUAAGCAGAGUACAGAACCACACUAACUCUAUAUAGCCAUUUUGGAUUUAUGAGUUUACUGUUAGUAGUAGUGGAAUAUGUUUGUAGUAUCAUACACAUUACAUUUUAUAUGUACAUAAUGCUUUUCAUCGUAGAUUAUAAAUAUCCCUAAAGUGUAUUCUGCAUUGAUAAUGGUUCUAGCAUUCUAAAGGUUUUCUAAAUGAAACCUUUUCUGAAAGGGAAUGCCUCUGUUUUACAUUUAUUUUAAACCUGUAGGGUUUCACAGGAGGUCAAACAAAAGAACAUUGUAAGAUUUUGUUCUAAGUUUGCUCGCUUUGUUGUUGUGCUCAAUUUCAAUUUAUAUUUUGGCAGCAAAUACAUUCUAAAGAAAAUCUGUAGGCUAUUUAGGGUGUAUAUGUGUUAUUUUAUGUUUUUUUCUUCUGUUUGCUUUCUCUUUCAGUUGCUGCUUUAGUUAUACAGCUUGUAAGGCAAAAUUAAAUCAGCAUUAUACCUAAGAGUUUUGAAAAUAUUAUGUAAUGAUUUGCAUAUAUUUUAUAAUAAUUUGCAUAUCAUGUAAUUUCAUUAUAGCUCAUGCUUAGGUUAUGGAAAUCGAAUGCUAUGCAAUUCACAAUUUUUUUAUUGAACUUCAGCUAUGUGCUGUUUUACACUCUUUAAUAAAUAAUUUUAAAUAAAUAA